UUCUUGGAUAGUUAUAGUAGCCCAUAUGAACAAGAUGUACCUUGUGCUGGGGUGGGGGAAGCAUUGGAGUGACUAUUUAGUCCAUGGUCCAUUCGAUGGUUGGUGCAGAGCCAAAAAUUGGAACAAAUCGAUUCUGCUUGUUCCCAUCCUUCGCUUCAGGUGCACACACUAACCCUGCUCAAAAGCCCCUCUCUUUACGAUGUCCAAUGAACAGCCCUAAUAAUCCAAUGAUGUCAUGCCACCAGGACUCCAAUCUCAUCACAAAUAUGUCACAAAUUCAGCUUUAUGUGUGCUGGUGCCAAAUAUAUGUGGGAAAACAUGUUUAAGUUGAACAUCCCAAGGCCAAAAAGUUCAUGUCAAAUCAACAUCUAUGAUCAUGACCUGCUGAGAAUCCAACAUGCUUCUUGACUCAGCACAAAAUUGUAUAAAUCGUUAGGUGUGGGUGUGGUUCUUGGUAAGGAUCCCAUAAAAAUGUUAGCUGUGGAUUCAAGGUGUUAGACAUUUAUGUAGUGCUUAGAGCAUGCUAUGUCAUGUCGCAUCCACUCUUACAGUGUAGACAAUGAGUUGGUGUCUGUGUUCAGCCACUUAAUGGAAUUUCACUAUCUUGUAUAAGUUCUGGCAUUCUAUGCAGACUGGAAUGCAUUUCAAUUUUUAUGCUGACAAUUACACUGAAGAGCAUACUGAGAAUAAAGAAAGUGGAGUAGAGACUAUAAAGUUUUUCCUAAAUUGUCUAUCCCUUUUAUUGGGGCGUUUUGAUGGCAAGCAAUUUGAAAAUGCAAUGUCAGAAGAUGGGCUGCGGAUAUCUCGUGUUCUCAUAUCACAGCUUCACUGUGCUGAUGUGGAUGUGGUUGAUGGCGCUGUUUGCAUCUUGAAAGCAGUCAUCUUUAGAAGCAAUUCUUCCUUGGCUGGAAGCAGUCUCACUGUUACUAGAAAGAUGGAUGCUGUAUUACCAUUGCUCUUACACCUUUUAGAUGAACGUGAUGGCACAGCUAGGGCUGUUGUUGUACUCAUUGCGGAACACUGCUCCAUAAGCACAGAUAACCAGUGCCUUGAGGAAGUUCUACAGCGUCUUGCUUCUGGAGCUGUUUUACAGAGGAGGAAUGCCAUUGAUGUUAUUUCAGAACUAUUUCAUAUAUCACCAGAUUCGGUUUAUUGCAGGCAAGAUAUAGCAAACCACUUGCUGAAGCUCCUUGGAGAUGAAGAACUGGUAAUUCGAGCACAGGCAACAAAGUUGAUUCCUAUGAUGGACCCAUCUCUGCUUUUGCCUGCAUUAGUUCGUCUUGUUUGUUCAUCAGAUGAAGUAGUACAUUCAUCUGCCAGAAAUGCAUUUGUCGCAGUGCUCAAAUAUCAUAAUAAAAAAUUUGAAGUUUUAUGCAUGCUGCUCGACUGUCUUAGCAAUAUCUGCCAGAACCCAGAUCUUCCUCAAGCUCUAGGUGAUAGAGGGAAAGGGUCAAAGUUGGAUGCUGAUAGAGUGCUCAAGCUGAUCCCUCAGUGGUCAGAAAGUGUUGAAGACUGGAACUCGUUAAUCGAACCAUUGAUUGACAAGAUGUUUGCAGAACCAUCAAAUGCAAUUAUUGUCAGGUUCCUAAGUUAUAUAAGUGAACACUUGGCAGAUGCUGUAGAUGUUGUCUUUCACCGACUUCUGUUACAUACAAGACAGCAAAACAGAUGGGAGAAUCGAAACUAUGAAGUUGAUAAUCCUCUGAAAUUGGAGCAUUCUCUCUUUGAUCGCCUUUGUCCAUUACUUAUUAUCAGGCUGCUUCCACUAAGAGUUUUUAAUGAUCUCAAUUCUUCACUUAUAUAUGGUGAACUUUGCAAACAAGGGCAUUUAAUAAGUUCGAAUUCGAAGAUGUUCGGAAACUUUCAGCUGAGCUUUGUGGCCGGAUUCAUCCCCAGGUGCUAUUUCCACUUAUUGUGGCCUUCAUCUGAUGGGGAUGAAGUUUCCAAAGCUCAGCAUGGGUGUAUUGAUUGUCUAGCAGUGAUGAUAUGUACUGAACUACAAGCUCUAGAAUCAUUCAGAGACUUGACCUCGAAGAACACAAGCCUUGUGAGAAUGGACAGCUGUUCCCGGGAUGCUGCAAUGAGAGAUUCAGUACGCAGUUAUGUGAUCCAUCAAUUAACACCUGAUAAGGACUGCACAUAUGAGGCAUCGAUAUCUAUGUCAUUUGUUCUAUGCAUGGCUAAUGUUCUCAUCAGUGCUUGUCAAAAGAUCCCAGACUCUUGCAAGAGACCCUUUGCUCGGGAAAUUCUUCCACGUCUCAUUCAGUCUGUAGAGCAGGUGAUGAUGGAAUCAGAGUAUAGAGCUGCAGGCCUCCAGGUUUUCUUCUCAGCAGUAUAUCAUCUGAAGUCUACAAUUCUUCCUUACACUUUUGAUCUUCUCAAAGUCUCUCUGAAAUCUCUUAGAGAAGGAUUAGAAAAGGAAAAAAUGGCAGGUGCGAAGCUAAUGGCAUCUCUAAUGGCAAGUGAAGAAGCCAUUGUCAACAGUAUUGCUGGAGGACUACUAGAGGCUAUAACAGUACUUUCUAGUUUAUCAUCUUCUGAUCCAUCACCAGACGUACGUCAAGUGUCCGAAAAAUUGCUUGCAUGUUUAACUUCUCUCUAAAAAAUUGCUUGCAUGUUUAACUUCUCUCUAAAUUUUGUUUUACUCCUUUUCUUCUUGUAGUUUUCUCUCCACUUGCUACAUUUUUCUUAUCUUUGAAGUACUUGUACAAAUGUAUAUAAUUACAAGGAAAGCUGCUACUUUUAAGUAUGUGUGGUUUAUAUGCAUAUUA